GAUAAUUAGAAAAUACUGAGUUAACAUAACCACAAAUUUUGUGUAUGUAAACAUAUUUAUAUGAAUAUCUGUGUAUCUUAUAUUUUGUAUAAUGUGGCCUCAAGACUAUAUUGAAUUGAAGUAUAUAGAUAAUCUACUAACUUGUGGGAUAUGUUAUGAAUAUAUGGAUACUUCUGUUAUAACAUCAUGUUCUCAUAAUUAUUGCUCUUUGUGUAUUAGAAAAUAUUUACAUUAUAAAACUCAAUGUCCUGCUUGUUUUACGGAAACUUUUGAAAAAGACUUAAGAAAAAAUAAAGUAUUGGAUGAAAUUAUAACACAAUUUUUAAAAAUCAAAGACAAAUUAAAAAUAUGUGUACGAAGUCAAAUAAUGUUUAUGCGUGAUAGUGAAGCCGAAAAUGUUUUAAAUACACCAAAAGUAAUGCGACAGUAUAAAAAUGUACAUAUGAAUGAUCAAGAGAAUAAUUCUAAUUAUAAUAAUACUAAAUCCAGAAUUGUUACCUCACCUUCUCUAUGUGCGGAAAGAAAUACAUCUGGUCCUAGUACCAGUGGAAAACCUAGAAUACCUUUAAUGUUUACACCAAAAAAUUAUAAUCGUACAAAUGUAACAAAUAUGGAAGAAACCAAAGUUGUUAUAUGUCCUGUAUGUAAAGUUACUGUUUCAGAAGUAAACAUAAACAGACAUCUUGAUGAUUGUUUGAAAAGGGAAGCAAUAAAAGAGAAACCACAGAUAAUAGAAUCUAAACGUGAACCACUGCCAAAGUUAGUAUUUAAUCUAAUGAAAGAUGCUAUGAUAAGGAAAAAAUUGAAAGAAUUUAGCCUAUCAACUCAAGGGGAUCGAAGAGCUAUGGAAGCUCGAUUACAAAGAUACAUUGUUCUUUAUAAUGCAGAAUGUGAUAAACCAAAUCCUAGAUCAGUCUUAGAGUUGGUUAAACAAUGUGAAGAUGAGGAAAACCUGGAAAAAAAAAUUAAUAAAACCUCAUUGUUUUUAAAUAAAUUACAAAUUAAUCGAAAUACAGAACAAAGUAUUAUAGAGGAUGAAAGAAAAAAGUAUUUGGAAGCACACAAAAAUAGUUUUGAAAAUUUAAUUAAGAAAAUUAAGAAUACUGAGUCCCCGAAAAAAUUGUCAGCAAGGCGCAGUUUAUUGCGUGAAUAUCCAGAUAAUAAUGAAAAUAUUUCGCGGCAAGCAGUGGCUGAAGAUUUAGAUGAUUCAAUGGUUAAUACUGAAAAAAAUGAUUUUCAGUCUUUAGGUUCUGCCGUAUACAUUCAAGAUUCUGAUUCAGAUACUUCCUGCCCCUUGCAAGUGUAUUCAAAUACUGAUCUAAAAAAAUUUCUUAAUGAUGAGUUAUCUCCCGACAGUGGUAACAACAAUGUCUCACAUAAUCAAUCUGAGUUAAAUUCUGAGGAAUGUAUUGGUAAUAGUGAAUGUAGUUAUUUGUCUAUAAAAACUAGUUUUCUUUCGAAUGUAUGUAACAAUGUUUCGGCGCCUAGCGAAGAAAUACAUUCAGCAAUGGAAACUUCAUUUUCCAAACUCAUGUCAAAGACUGAUUCUAAAAAUUCUAACACUUCAAGCUACAAGAAGCUAUUACAAAGAAAGAAAAAUUUGCCUAUGAAUGAUAAUAUAAAACAAGCAGAUUCUGUUAUUUCUAAUAUGAGAGACAAUUUUAAAAAUAUUAUACAUCAAGAGGAGGUAGAAGAUGACAAAUCAAUACUUAAUUUACAAGAAAUUCAGCCUGAUUUAUCAAGUAACGACAGCACUGAUAGUAAAUUUAAUUACGGGAAAAGACGAUCUACGCGUGGACUUUUAAAUAAGAGCUUGACUAAUACAUUUAACUCAGAAAAACAAAAUAUUAGUGCACUUUCUGAAUGUAGUGGAAAGCGUUUGUGCUCAAAAAGAAAUUGCGAUGUAAUACAAAACGAUCACCAUACUGUUUCAAGUAAGAAGAAAAAAAUUAAAAAGUCAUCUAACAAGGAGAAAUGAACGGGACAUAAUCUAUAAAAAAGUUGUUAGGUUUAAGGAUAAUUGCUUUUACCUGUUUAUCUUGGAGGAUUUAAUAUAUUUAUACCUUAAUUUAUUUAUAAAUUAUCGUUUUAGUAUAGUAUACUUAAUUGCUUUCAUGAUGUUUUUUCUCUAGUUUGUUUUUAAUCAAUAUACUUGCAAUAUGUAUCUUAUAUAGUAAUAAUGGAGGACAUGUUAUUAUAAUGUAAUUAAUGUAAUAAACUAAACGUAUUGUACUAUCCUUAUUUUUAUAAAUUUUGACAGCUGUACUUUAAAUGCUGUUUGAAAGCAAUUAUGUUCAGAAAAUAGAAAACUUUUUUUUGGAAAAUGCGCAACUUUUACACGUCAUAGGUAAAGGUGGAACUGAUUUAUAUAAAACGUUACUAAAGUUGGUCUCAAACAUUGCAUAGAAGAAUAUUUCCUGCUGAGUAUGUAUGUUUAGUAGGAUGCUGACAAAGGGGCAGAAAGGGAAUCUUGCCUUCCUUGGGGGAAGAAAUAUUUUUAUCUCUAUCAUAGAAGGAAAAGGUUAGAUUUUAUUUUAAUGCAUCAGAGAGGAAAAAAUAUUCAAUUAUAAAUAUAUACUAGUAUUUUGUAUGAAAUAAUAAACCUGACAUCCAUUUAAAGUAAUAGAAAGUUUAGUACAAAAACUUAAGAACGACCUUAGGAUUUUAGCGAGAUCUCCGAGACUAUUAAAUCUGAAGGUUCUUUUGGGGACAAAGGACCCCGCACAGAUCUUAUGGAAAAUGGCCCCCGGUUAAAUUAGCUAAAUUUUUUAUAUGAUGUAGUUCAUGAUGUCCUGAUCAAAAGUUCCAAUGGGCUCAAGGUCGUAAGUUGAAUAGUUUCCGAGAUAUGGAAGGUCAAAAGUCAAUAAUAGUUUCUUAUUCGAAACUACCACGUUUGAGCAUAUCUGAGUGUAAGAAGCACUGUUGCGCACUGUCCAUUUACUUGAUCCCUUAAAACCCAAUGGUAGUACUGUGGACCCUUAAAAAAUAUGACCCCUUGACGCUUUAACUCCCCUUCAGGAGUCAAAAUAAAAAAUCGCGCAAAAGGUAAAAAAUGAUUCUCUUUUUCUUUCAUCGUAUAAACAUGAAGCACCGUCGGCAUUAGCAUUACCCAGUGUGCACCAUGAGGAGGUUGCUCGAUCGGAUUUUGCACACUAUGUGGCCCUAAAAAGGCCCAUUUUUGUAGUUUUUUCUAUUCGUCCAUUAGAAUUUCAACAUUUAUACUCUCUUGAUACUCUCUAUUAGCGGCAUCUCUGCUGUAUUUAAAAGACUGCCAUCCGGAUAUUUAACAUGCCUUUGGUGACGAGCAAAUCCUAAAUACCAUAAAACACUUGCAACAUGUGCGCAUGUACCUAAUGUUCUGGCAUCGGAUUGACAGGUGCAGUAGUAACCAUUUAUUAUGUCGUCUUCUAGCUCCAGUUCAUUUUCCGGAAUGUAAGAAGUAAAGACUUGAUGUUUCC